AUGGAGACCACCUUUAUCACAAUCCAUGAUCUUUCACUGGACGCGCGAAUUCGAUAUGCAUCCGACUCUGUAGAAGACAUCCUCGGCUAUCUUCCAGACGAAGUGGUCGGAAGACCAUGCUGGGACUACUUCCAUCCUCAAGAGAUUCCGUUCGCGAAAGCAAGUCAUGGCCGCGGGAUUGAAUUGGAUAAGGCUGCAGCACUUUUUUAUUGCAAAGUAAAGCAGAAGAACGGUUCUUUUGUCAGUUGCGAAUGCGUUUUCACUGUUGUCUACGAGGUCCUUGUUGCCAGUACCAGCAUUUACCGCCGAGGACCACGGAGCUUGCAACGGCAGAAGGAAGCUCCAAUGGUUCAGAGACUCUUUUCCUCAUCUCCCCGGGAUCCGCGGUAUCACAUGCUGUCCUACAUCUCUAGCAAAUUCUCAGAAGCUCCUACUUCCGCCUCACACGAACCGAGAGCGGCCCUAUUCCUCAAUCGAUUUACCCGAACUUCCACAAUCAUGUAUGCUACCAAUUGCGUCUCCAGCAUCCUCGGGGUCCGAGCAGACCAAUUGAUCAAUAAAAGCUUUUACUUUUGCAUUGCAGAAGAGUGCCUGCAAGAUGCGGUCCGCUGCUUAGAAAGUGCUAAGUCGAACGACUCGAUAGCCUAUCUCCGGUUCUGGUUCCGCAACCCCCUGUUGGAAGAAAGAAACCGUGCCGCCACGAGGGAGCAGACACAGAGCAGUGAUGAAGACGAGGACGAAGGAGGCGUCCGUCUUCAGCGACCAGAUCAGGCUGAUGCAUAUAGCGAUGCACACAAUCAUAGUCGCUCUCGGGCUCAUACAGAUGAAACGGAAGAUUCCAUCUCACCAGCAGUUAAGGAUAUGAACAAGUCCAGAUCGGCAUCUGGGAACAGCACAGACCUUGGUGCUAACCGUGAUGAUGCAAUCUUCGAUCCGCCUAUAACGACACGAUCUUCGGCAUCAUCUAUGACACCUGUGGAAGAAAUGCCUCUGGAUGUUGGUCCGGUGGAGGUAGAAGCAGUGGUGUCAUGCACCUCAGAUGGACUAGUUGUGGUCCUACGCCGAGCCAGACCAUCUGUUGCGCAAUUUUACGGUCCAGAGGCACCCGGUGGCUUCGAGAAUAGCCUUUUUGCCUCACCAUGGUCCCUACCUGUGACAGAGCCUGCAGCUCCACCAGAAGCACAUAGUGUUGAGGCUGGUGGUCCGCCGGCGUCUGUAGCACCCUGUGUAUCAAGAUGCCCAGCAGGGCCCGAGACAAGCACCGUCAUGAAUACGAUUCGUGAGGUGGCGGUCUUCGCUUGGUCAUUGACAAGCAUCAACGGAUCGCUAAUCCAACAUGGCAGAGGCCAGCCGCAAGACGAGGCAAUACCACCAGAUGGGUUAGCUGUCUGGGAUCCACACUCAGACCAUCCUGAAAAUGAUAAAUUCAAUGGAUUUUCCGACAAUACCCAUCGGCGAAUAGAAAAAGAGUACAACGAAGCGAGCAGCAGUGAGGACGAAAUCGUUUUCAAAAGAGCAAAGGUGAUGCCAGAAUGGAGGAAGCCAGCGAGACGAGGCCAUCAAGAUGCUUUCAUUUCUGAGGGUGACCCGAGGGCGGGCCAGAAUGGCCAUGCUCCGGCACGGAAGAGAAAGAUGGACCGCUAA